UGUUCUUUGGCUCAACAAAAUCUUGAUAGGAGGAAGCAGAUAAAUCACAUACUCAUUUUGCCCUAAUUUAUUUUGUCUGAAAUUUUUGAACAAGGGUUUAUAUACACAUGAUUAUCGCAACGAUGCCUGAUUUAGGCAAUCUUGUAAGCAUGUCUUCUCUUACACUAUCUCGUUGCACUAAUAAUACUUCAAGACCAAACUGCGAUUUGGGUGACCCAGGUUCUGCUAAAGAAGCAGAAACCCCUUUUCUGAUGCAAGAUCAAAGUAGUCGACAAAAGUGUGUUAAGAUCAAGAAGUCGGUGGAAUCGAAGAGUACGGAUGAUUAUUUGGGUGAUUGGGUUGCGAAGAAUGUCGAGUUGGGGAUUCCUGAAUCAAAAUUGUUUCUCCCGUUCCUUGUUGGAGCACCCAAACUGGCUGAGUGUCUUGUAUGUGAGAGUGUAAUAUACCCUGGAGAGGAGGUAGCAUGUGUUGUUCGUGAUUGUAAAGGUUCUUAUCACCUGACAUGUGCAAGAGACUGGCUUGGAUUAUCACCAUCAUCAAAAUCAUUCAAGUGUCCUCAACAUGCAUGUUUCCUAUGCAAAAAGAAAAUUCACUUAUGGCGGUGUUCACGAUGCCAUUUAGCAUCACAUGACAAGUGUGCAGCAUACCCGGAGUAUGUGUUGCGUUCUAAUGACCUCCCUUCGCAAACAGUGUGUUGGAGGCAUGCUACCGAUUGGCCACCAUUAAAGCCUGCAGUUCCAACUAAUAAUAUAGAGGAACUCUUUGGUCGUAUACCACUACCAUAUAUGGUGGAGGAGUUCAAGAUUGAUCCCAUGUUGAAAGACACGAUGGAGAACAAACUGGAGCCACCUCCAUAUGUGCAUAUUAGGCGCAAUAUCUACCUUGUAAAGAAAAAACGUUACGACACUAAUAGGAGUAUAGGAUGCACUGACUGCAGUUCUAGCACAUGCUCUGAAGAUUGUGUAUGCAGGCUUCAAUGUAUAAGCUGUUCAAAGGCUUGUCGAUGUUCAGAAAUAUGCACAAACAAGCCCUUUCGGAAAGACAAAAAGAUCAAGAUUGUUCUGACUGACAGUUGUGGUUGGGGUGUAGAGGCUGCUGAAGCUAUCAAAAAGGGUGAAUUCAUCAUAGAAUAUGUUGGGGAAGUUAUUAGUGAUGCUUUAUGUGAGCAGCGGCUUUGGGACAUGAAGCACCAGGGCAUUAAAAACUUCUAUAUGUGUGAAAUUCGAAAAGAUUUCACCAUUGAUGCUACUUUCAAGGGGAACGCCUCUCGGUUCCUAAAUCAUAGUUGUGGUCCUAAUUGUAAUCUGGAAAAAUGGGAUGUUGAUGGGGAGACUCGUGUUGGUGUCUUUGCUGCUAGGUCUAUCAAAGCUGGAGAACCAUUGACAUAUGAUUAUCGGUUUGUGCAAUUUGGGGCGGAGGUAAAGUGCCAUUGUGGCGCUUCAAGUUGUCAAGGGUAUCUUGGUACAAAAAAGAAGAUGGCGAAGUUGGAACUGCUUGACUGGGGUGCAAAGCGUCGUAGAACAACAACUGCUACCAUCAGAACAUGAACGAAUCAUACUAACGACAAAGGUCAGUCAGUAGUAUUACAAAUGAAUAAAA